AUGGCCAGAUCCGAUCGAUAUAUAAAUAUGAAAAAUGCUGGCAGCGUCAUUCUUUUGAAUCGUCUGAUAUUACCUCAAUCAAAGCAAAUAGACCAGACAUGGGCUGAAAUAACAAUGUCAACUGAUAAUAAUGGCCUUAAUCAAUCAACGACAGCAAAAGAGCAAAUGAAAGAAAAUAAUGAUAUUCUUUUCUCUGGUAUCAGUAUUCUUUCAUACAAUUUAUAUUUAAGACCAUUUCCACCGUUUUUCAAUGGACAACGUCUGCGAUCUCACUUGAUACCUUAUCAUACAAAAGAUUACGAUAUUGUUGUAUUUCAAGAAGUGUUUGAUAAACACUCACGAUCUCAACUGCAAUUAAAAUUACAUGAAUAUGGUUUUUUAUUUAUGAGUCAAACAGUUGGCUAUGGUGGUCUAUUUAAAGUCAAUGGUGGAAUAUUUAUAGCAUCGAAAUUUCCUAUUGAACAACAGCAAUAUCGUGCAUUUCGGGAUGCAUGUAGUGGUUUUGAUUGUUUUGCUGAUAAAAGUAUUUUGUAUACGAAAAUUCAGUUCAAUCAAACAUUCUUCGUACACAUAUUUGGCACACAUUUGCAAGCUAAACUUGGCAGACAAAAAACUCGCAUUAGAACAAGACAAAUCGAUAUAAUAAAACAAUUUAUUGAUACACUAAAUAUUUCUUCGAAUGAACCGGUUAUUAUAGCUGGUGAUUUCAAUAUUGACCGUUUCCUUCAACCAGAUGAAUAUUUAAAUAUGUUAUCUGUAUUAAAUAUUAAAAUUCCUCCAUAUAUCGGUGAAUAUAGUUUUACAUUUGAUAGUAGAACUAAUGAUCUUAUUGGUAUUCGUCAUUCCGAUCAUAAACAAGAAUGUAUUGAUUAUGUUUUUUAUUCUAAAAUGCAUCUACAACCAAAAUUAUCGUAUCAACGUAUUUUACAACCAAAAACAUUUCAAGCAUGGAAAGAAUUUAAUUUUGAACAGGAUUAUUAUGAUUUAUCUGACCAUUAUCCUGUACUCAGUUAUUAUGAAUUUUAG